AUGGAGAAGACAGAUAGUAAAACGUUCAAAACUGAAAAAGGCCAUGAGGUUUCCUUUCAGUUCGAUCUCAUACCUAGUGAUCAGAAAUGGGUGGCAUACAUGUCUGGUGAGUUGAACAAUGCAGCCACCUAUUUCUCAUCAUCUGCUGAUGUCAAUCAAACAACAAAAGAAACUAGGGGUGGUAGUAUUGGCAAAGAAACAACAGCUGCUUGGAAACCAUGGGAUUACCAAGACCGUCUUAAAAAUGCGGAAAAAGUUGCAUGUAAUAAGAAAACACUCAAAAAUCUAAGUGGAAAAGAUCGCUCGAGAGUUACAGCUUUUAUUGAAAAACAAGUAUCACGUCAAGAAUAUGAACCCCCACUUGGAAAGUAUGUUGACUUGAUAAAAGCUGGACCCCUUCAUAAUAUGAAUAACGCAUGCCAGCACUGGUUCACGUUUUUAAUAGUAAUAGCAAUGCAGUAUACACCUCCAGGAUUGUUGGAAUGUGCUACAGCUCUAACUGAUCUACCGAAAAUAAGUACUAUUGUAAUGUUCAUGAAAUGUGUCAAAAACACUGUGAAAUGUGGACGAUUGUACUAAAGCUAUUGUUGCUGGUUUAGGGAAAAGAGACUUAUAAAGAUUGACUUUUCCUAUCGUUUCACUGGACUAGAAUCUAAACGAUUCUGUUGGAAUUUUGCUUACGCUAUCCAAGAAUUGCUCAGUGUUGAAUCAUUAUCCAAGACCAUCAAGGUUAAAUUGCAUGCCUUAGCAUAUGUUGCAAUAGAACUAAGGGAGGCUACUUCUAUUUAUACAAGAGUAGAAGUAAACAGGGAUCUCUUUAAAAAGCUGUUUUUGAACCGCAAAAACUAUUUCAAUGCCUAUGGUCUAUUUCUUGGUCCUAGAAUCAGCCCUAUAGUCUGGACAGUCGGGUAUGCAACUCUUACCAUAAUCUUCAACUCUUUGAACAGUUUAAGUAUGGCUUGGGAUUAA